CCUUCUUGCUGGCAUAUUAAAACCCUUACAUCUACGUCCUUUGUUUGAUUCGGCUUCUUCAGCGGCCUCUGCCUAAAGAUUGAAAAUAUGUUUUCUAGAACUUUUCCAAUCGCCAUCCUGACCGCUAUCUCAAUUGUCGUACUUUUUCAUCUCAAUCGCCCAAACUCUACUCCUCUGGAAACCCUCAAGACCCUGGAUCCCCGGGUCUUGAUCCGCUCAGGAGCCGACGCCUUACAAGAUUGGGGAAGCUGUUUGCCUCAAAACCUGAUUUCUACUCUGGGUGGUGCUCAUUUACGGUUCCAGAAGCCGCUGCCAGCUCGACCGCCCAAGCCAAUCGAUGAUCAAGACUUUUGCCCUCCCGCCGGUCCUGGACGACGCGCUACUGCCAUCCUUAUUCCUAUUGGACAGGGACUAGAACCUUGGGACGUCGACGACACGCGAAGUCGUACUGUCUUUCUUGGCCCAAAGGAUUCCGCAAUUCAAACAGAUCAAAGUCCAUUAGGGUUCUUGCCCUUUAUGAGUCAAAGCGAGCAGGAGCGCCGUGAUCGCCGUCCAGCAAGAUUCAACACCAACAUGACCGCCAAAGCACUUUGCCCGGUUUACUACGUUCCUGCCAGCGCUCUCGUCAGUCGGAUCCCAGCCGUGCGCAGUCCUCCCGGGAAAAAAACAAGACGAUUCACAGAGGACCUCACGGCGCGGCUGCACAAGCUUCGCCAAUCUGUACUUGGUAGUGGUGAAGACACCGGUUGCAAAUCCGCAUCUCAACACUCAAGUCAAGAGGUUGCCCUUUGGCAGCGACGCGGUUAUUCCGAAUUCAUGUUUGGCUUCGCAACCACUCCUCAACGUGCGCUCGAAUUCUUGCCCCGAUGGAGUGAAUGGUUACCUUCUUCUCUGCCAAGCAAUGUUCAACUUGAGCGCGCAUACCGCUGGCGUCCAUCUUCGAUUCCACCCCUCCGCCGUUCUACUGCAUCUGCGCUUGUUUUAACACCGCCUCUUGCUGAGCUCGAUCAGGCCUGGGAGGUUCAAAACGCCGCUCAAGGUGCUGGUAUGGACUUGAAGAUCAAGGAGCUUGCUGCUGAACGUUACGAGGUCCGCUACAUGAACCUCGUACAAGAGAUGUGGCGAGAGUCUGUUCAGCGUGAGGCUUUAGGCGCACCGAUUACUCAAUGGUUCACAUUGGCGGAUGACGAUACAUAUUUCCUCUCACUUGAUUCCGUGGCACGCAUGCUUUCCAAAUACGACCCGUUCGAAAUGCAUGUCAUUGGAAGUCUCAGCGAGUCAGAGGGGCAACAGAAACACUUCGGAAAUAUCGCUUUUGGUGGGGCAGGCAUUUUUCUCUCCAGAGGCUUAGUGCAACAAAUGAACGAGCCUGGCGCGUUCGACAGCUGCAUCUCACUGUUUGCUAAGGAAUUUGGUGGUGAUGGAAUGAUUACAAAAUGCGCUGCAAUGCUAAUGCGACGCGACGUACAACAAGUUGUCAGCCGUGAACCGACCCUACAUCAACUAGAUAUUCAAGAUGAAGGACAUGGUAUCUUCCAGGCCGGAUGGCGUUUCACUUCUCUCCAUCACUGGCGAUCCUGGUUCCAGCUCCAACCUCGUUCACAUCCCCAUACACUCAAAGACCCAUCCCUCCUUGCCAGCUUGCUUGGAAACGCAGCUCGCGCUGUGGCGACUGACAAUUGGACACGGCGAUACGUUUGGGGAGUCAAACCGCAAGGCAAAGCCGAGACAGACGGAGUUGUGAUUUCCCUCGGAUACUCGAUCACUGUCUCUGGUACUGCCCAAGUCAAGGUAUCCGACUUGGACAAGGUCGAGAUGACCUUCGCCGGCAACAAGCUUACCUCCGAAACUCGCCCAGCGUUACUGGAAACCAGGCAGCGUCGCACAUACUACCUGUACGAUCUCAAGACGUCCUCAUCCGAACCGGAAAAUUUGAACGUCCAGCCAGAUGUGGCUAUCAUGUCGCACAUUAACCAGGAAGGAGAAGUCAUUGAUUUGGUAUGGGACGCUCGACCGCGAUCAGAAAAGAGCUCUUUCGAUGAAGCCUAUAGUAUCUUCCCGCCUGGAACAAAUUGAAAAGAAUCCACUUAUCAACUCGCUCUUGAGUUGACCUAGCGAUCACUUUCACACCCGGUAACGUUUCAAGCGAAUCAGACACAUGCCUUCGACGUGUACUUCAUCUCCUUUACUUUCGCCAACAACCGCCACAGUCGGACAUUUCAACAUUAAAACAACCAUCUUUGAUCGAAUUCAGUGCAUUCUUUUCCCCUUCCUCUCCCUGGACCACCUUUUUAGGAUUUGUCUCUUACAAGGCAAACUUUGUUAUUAAAAUCGCUACAUUCUUUAGAAUCUAUAUAAUGUUUCUUAUUUAUCAGUUGUUCCUCUACUCUCUUUGUUCACCUUGAACUUGUUUGUCCUUGUUUUGAAAUGUUGAGAAUGAAAUCAAAAGUAUUUUUAUUAUAUUAUACG